GCUGAGCUUUGGAUCUUCGAGCGGCCCGCCGAUGCUGUGAACGCUGCACUAGCAGCUCGAGAUGCCUGUCGGGACGCGGGUAUUGGGAUGCAGGGCUGGGGCGUCGACAGCGGCGACUUGCUCAUCAUUCCUGGGACGGACGUUCGCUGGGGCGAUGCUGUGAAUACGGCAGGUAAGCUGGGACAGGUCAGGGACUCACUCGGACUCAGCCGUGGUCUUGGUCUGUCGCAUCAUGCCCGACGCCACCUUGUUCAGGAUCUAGCUGACGAAAACAGCAUCCUCAUCACGCCCAAAGUGCGGGAUGCAUGUCGUGGUGACGGGAGCUUGAUGCAGCUUCAGAUGCCCGGCCGACCAGCGCGGUGGGAGGGCUGUGAAGUGUCUUUGGGAGGCCACUGUUUCGAACCGUUGCACGAUCCACAGACAGACAGACCCUCUCUCACACCCUUUGUCCCUCAGUCUCUAACAGCCCCUCCGGAAAAGUGUAGAUAG